CCCUUGAUAGUUUCUCUUAGAAGGAACCUAGCAACCGGAGCCAGUUUAGUUUCCAUGACAACAGGAAAGUUGUUUAUUUGAAGUAUUAUCCACAUCAUUUUCACUCGACGAUCUUCUUGAGAAGUGAAUAGUUUAGUAAUUCAGUUAAAUCAUUUUAAAAAUCUAUAAAUAUGGUCAACUUUGUAUAUCCCGAGGAGCUUUACUUGUUUGUGGAGAGCAUUCGCUGCUUCCAGGUGCGCGAUGUGGGCAGCAACAAGUGGCUGGAAGUGCACGAAAUGAUCAUCAAGCUGAGCCAGCAGGCGGCUCUGGAGGUGGCCGAACAGCGUGAGGAGGAAGUCAAGGAGUUUCUCAUAUCCCGGGACAAGCUCUCGGUGCUUAUCAAUGAGGCCUAUUGCGUGAAUCUCUGGAAGUCGCGUGUGCUGCCUCAUUUGCUGGAAAUUGAUCCGAACCCACAGGCCACAUUCCUGAUUUACACCGUGCUUUACCAUGAGGCGGCAGUGGUGGCACUGCUGGAUCUGUGCCUCUACCAUCCCAGUGGCUGUGAGUCACUGCAGGAUUCGGUGCUAGAUCUGAUCGACUAUGCGGCCCAAGGUGUCGCCCAGGUCAUCGGCUUGGUCAGCAUGGGCUAUCACGAGAACGAGACCAAAGUAGAUGUGGACGAAGCCGUGCUCACAGAGCUCGAGCGCCAGAAGCGCGAUCUCAUCUAUAAGAUUGGGCUGCGUUGCGUGUCCCUACUCAGCUACCUGGCCGACAACGUGUCUCUCUUCCACUUGGGCGCAGCUCGUCGAAUGCUGACCACCCACGAUGUACCCUGGCUGAUGGUAGAUGUGCUUUGCUUCAGGCCCUGGCAACGCAACACCAGCAAGGGCUUGGAGAAGUAUAUUGAUGAAAAGUGGACUUCCGUGGAGGAUGCCACUAAAAUCAUAAAGACGGAAGCCCAGGCCUGGUUCUGUGUUCGCCAGCUGCUGCUCUCUCCCCAGAUAGCCGAUAACUAUCCCCUGAACGAGGCACGUUGCAAGCAAAUAUCAAAGCUUCUGGGCAUGCUACAUGAGACGCUCUUGGAUCAGCUGCCCGUGCUGAUCGAGCUCAAGCACUUCGUCAGUCGCUUGACAAUUAGCGGCACAACCGGCAAAAAGACUCAAAACUUGAUUUUGGAGGACAUGCCACAGAUACAGGAUAAUCUCAUCAAGGAGGUGGAGCGUGACGGCGGCUUCUACCAGGUCGCUCAGAACCAGGAUGGCGUCUUCCUCAACAACAAUCGUGAAGAGAUCUGUGCACUGGCUACCAAGCUGACCAAUGCCUACGGCACCGAACUAUUGUGUGAAUUGGAGCAGCACAUGGCAGAUUUGGAACUGAAAAAGGAUGAAUCUAAAUCAGAGGACAGCGCAACGGCUACCACUAGCGAGGACUCGGAGGAAAAGACUCACAAGUGCGGCAACUGCCAGGUGCCGGCCAAAAAGAAGUGCGCCAACUGCAAGCUGGUUCACUAUUGUUCACGAGAGUGCCAGCUAAAGGAUUGGCCACAGCACAAGGAAACCUGCUUGAGCUGCGUCGAUUAGUUUUUAUCAUUUCAUUUGUAUUAUUGAUAUUAAUUAUUAAAUAAAGAACAUUCCAAAAAUUGCGAA